AGAACCAACAGUCCCUGAGCUCUUAUGAUUAUGCUUUAAGGGACACUUCCAUGAGACAGUACAAUUAUUGGCCUGAUUCUACAGAUUGGAAGACUGAGGUGCAGAAAGCUCACCUAACUGAUCUGUAAGGGCCAAGAGCCAGAAUUCAAACCAGGACCUGCCUGAUUGCUGAGCUGGAGGGCUUCACUUUCUUACUGUCCUGUAUCCCAGUAAGUGCUCACCUUGCUUGUGGGGCCCACCUUCUGGGCUCCAUCCUUGCUUCCCCUCUAUUUUCCACGGUCUCACCCUCCCUCACCUUCCCCUGUCUCACUUGGGGCCCCAGCCCCCUGCCAGGAACGAAGAUCCCUCCCCUCUCCCCUCCCAGCUCUAGGGCAGGUUCUGUGCCCCAGGGGCUCUCUAGAAAGAGCUCCGCCUCCUCCAGGUAAAGCUGCUUUCUCUUGGCAGGGCCCCCAGUCCCCUCAGUGCACGCAGGCAUGCACGCGCGUGCGCGAGCGCACAGACACUCACACACACUCCACCCACAAACCGCACGCUGCAUACACAAGUCACACAGGAGAUAGACUCUCAGUCCCAACCCCAAACAGACUCCGCCUCCUCCUCAGUUGAGGAGUCCCAGACUGGCUCCUUUUACCACAUUCCCUAACCUGCCAGUGCCUGAAAGGAGAAGAUAUGGGGGCUCCUCCACCUAAGGCAGAGGGACCCUGGGUCCAACUCCAGAAACUGCUGGCCUCCUGGCUGGUCAGAGAGCAGGACUGGGAUCAGCACGUGGACGAGGCCCACAUGCUGCAACAGAAGAGGAUCCAAGAGUCUCCGCUGCUCCAAGCAGCCAAGGAAAAUGACCUGUGUGUCCUGAAGAAGCUUCUGCUGGACCGAAACUGUGACUUCCGGCAGAGAGGAGCCUUGGGGGAGACGGCGCUGCAUAUCGCAGCGCUCUACGACAGCCUUGAAGCGGCCCUGGUGCUGCUGGAGGCGGCCCCGGAGCUGGUCAAGGAGCCUGCCCUGUGUGAGCCGUUUGUAGGUCAGACUGCACUGCACAUAGCCAUCGUGAACCAGAACGUGAACUUGGUGCGAGCCCUGCUUGCCCACGGCGCCAGCGUCUCUGCAAGAGCUACAGGCACAGCUUUCCGCCGCAGCCCCCGCAACCUCAUCUACUUCGGGGAGCACCCUUUGUCUUUUGCUGCCUGCGUGGGCAGUGAGGAGAUCGUGAGGCUGCUCAUUGAGCACGGAGCUGACAUCCGGGCCCAGGACGCCCUGGGAAACACCGUGCUGCACAUCCUCAUCCUCCAGCCCAACAAGACCUUUGCCUGCCAGAUGUACAACCUGCUGCUCUCCUACGACGGGCGCGGGGACCACCUGCAGGCCCUGGACCUCGUGCCCAAUCACCAGGGUCUCACCCCCUUCAAGCUGGCCGGAGUGGAGGGCAACACUGUGAUGUUCCAGCACCUGAUGCAGAAGCGGAAGCACAUCCAGUGGACGUACGGACCGCUGACGUCCACUCUCUACGACCUCACGGAGAUCGACUCCUGGGGGGAGGAUGUGUCCUUUCUUGAGCUCGUGGUUUCCUCCAAGAAGCGAGAGGCUCGCCAGAUCCUGGAGCAGACCCCAGUGAAGCAGCUGGUGAGCUUCAAGUGGAAGAAAUACGGGCAGCGGUACUUCUACAUUCUGGGCGCCUUGUACACGCUCUAUAUGAUCUGCUUCACCACCUGCUGCAUCUACCGCCCCCUCAAGUUCCGCAUGGGCAACCGCACAGACCCCCGGGAUAACACCGUCCUCCAACAGAAAUUACUGCAGGAGGCCUACGUGACUCAGCAGGACAAAAUCCGUCUGGUGGGGGAGUUGGUGACCGUCACAGGGGCUGUGAUUAUCCUGCUCCUAGAGAUCCCAGACAUCCUUAGGGUUGGUGCUUCUCGAUAUUUUGGACAGACUAUCCUCGGGGGACCAUUCCAUGUCAUCAUCAUCAUCUAUGCCUGCAUGGUGCUGGUGACCAUGGUGAUGCGGCUCUCCAACAUGAACGGGGAGAUGGUGCCCAUGUCCAUUGCCCUGGUGCUGGGCUGGUGCAGUGUUAUGUACUUCGCUCGAGGAUUCCAGAUGCUUGGUCCCUUCAGCAUCAUGAUCCAGAAGAUGAUUUUUGGAGACCUCAUGCGUUUCUGCUGGCUAAUGGCUGUGGUUAUUCUGGGAUUUGCCUCAGCGUUCUAUGUCAUUUUCCAGACAGAGGACCCAGCCAAUCUGGGGCAAUUCUAUGACUAUCCCAUGGCACUGUUCAGCACCUUUGAGCUUUUCCUCACCGUCAUUGAUGGGCCUGCCAACUACGAAGUGAACUUGCCCUUCAUGUUUGGCAUUGUCUACUUUGCCUUCACCAUCAUCGCCACACUGCUCAUGCUCAACCUAUUCAUCGCCAUGAUGGGUGACACACACUGGCGGGUGGCCCAUGAGCGGGACGAGCUCUGGAGGGCCCAGGUGGUGGCUACCACGGUGAUGUUAGAGAGGAAGCUGCCUCGCUUCCUGUGGCCUCGCUCUGGGAUCUGCGGGUACCAGUAUGGGCUGGGGGACCGCUGGUUCCUGCGAGUCGAGAACCACCAUGAUCAAAAUCCUUUGCGAGUGCUUCGCUACGUGGAAGCUUUCAAGGGCUCAGACAAGGAGGAUGGACAAGAGCAGCUUUCUGAGAAACAGCCCUCUGUUUCUGCGACUGAAAGUGGGACCCUAGCCAGAGCCUCUCUGUCCCCCCUGACCCCCUCCCUGUCCCGGACCACAUCUCACAGCAGUAGUCACCGGGGCUGGGAGAUCCUUCGUCGUAACACCCUGGGACAUGGAAAUCUUGGGCUGGACCUUGGCGAGGGGGAUGGAGAGGACAAUAUCUAUCAUUUAUGAUGAGGACCCUUGUUACCGUUGGCCUGACAAACAGGUGGGCCUAGAUGGGGAACGGUAUCUAAUUUUCAUGCCUGUUAACUGUGGGGAGGGGGUCAACAGAAUAAUUCUUAAAGGUCAUGUCUCAUCUUCACAUCAGCAUUUCUGGAGAUGGGCAAUGGGCAUCUGUUGCCCCACAUAGCUCCUGGGCUCCUGGAAGUCCCACAUCUUGAGAAAAGAAGGUAUCUCUUCAAGGAAAGUUGGACUUGGCCAUCAAAGACAAGAGAUAGGGAUGCUAGACCAACAUGUGGAUCAUCUUUCUUUCUGCCUCAUGCCAGCCCUAGACCGUAGUAAGCUGUGAAGCCUGCCUGGUUCCACAAGGCUUACCGUGGGAAGAGCCAGGUGUGGCACUGAAGUGGCCCCUCCCUUUUUCUUAUACCCCUGUAGGACUCUCCUUUCCUGGCAACCAAAUCCCAACUAGAAAACUGCAAGAAGAAAUGUCCUUUAUUCUUGCCUGAUUUUUAAAUAAUUUGAUUGUGGGAAGAUACACAUAACAUAAAAUUUACUAUUUUAACCACUUUCAGGGAUACAGUUCAGUGGCAUUAAGUCCACUUACAUUGUUGCAUCACCAUCACUGCUCUUCAUCAUAGGACAAUUUCAUCACCCCAAACUGGAAUUCCUGUACUCCUUAAACACGAAGUCCCCACCAUACCUCCGCACAGCCCCUGAUAACCAAUAUUCUACUUCGUGUCUAUGAAUUUGCCUACUCUAGAUACCUCAUGGAAGUGGAAUCAUGGUUUAUUUCACUUAGCAUAAUAUUUUCAAGAUUCAUCCAUGUUGUGGCAGGCAUCAGAAUUUUAUUCCUUUUAAAGGCCAAAUAAUAUUUCAUUAUAUGGAUAGACCACAUUUUGUUUAUUCAUUCAUCCAUUGGUGGACAUUCAGGUUGUUUCCACCUUCUGGCUAUUGUAAGUAACACUGCUAUGAACAUUGGUAUAUAGUUCUCUUCGAGUCCUUGCUUGCAAUUCCUUUGGGUAUAUUGCUUGAUGUGGAAUUGCUGGAUCUUAUAGCAAUUAUUGUUUAAUUUUUUGAGAAAUUGCCACACUGUUCGUUGUUUUUCUUUUUUCUUCUCUCCCUCCCCCUCCUCCUCCUUUUCCUUCUCCUCCUCCUCCUUCUUCUUCUUCUUCUUUUUCUUCUUCUGAUAAUAACCAUCCUAAUGUGUAUGAAGUGGUGUCUCAUUGUGGUUACGAUUUGUAUUUCCCCAAUGACUAAUGACAAUGAACAUCUUUUCAUAUGCUUAUUGGCCCUUUCUAUAUUUAUUUUUGGAGAAAUAUCUAUUCAAGUCCUUCAUCUCUGUUUAAAUUGUGUUGGUUUUUUUGUUGUUUUUUAGUUGUCUUAUCCUUGCUUUUUGAGGCUCACAGCCUAACGUGUUUGUAUCUUAUUUGUGUCCAGGUGUAUGUUUAAAUAAGUGUGGUAAAUUAUGCCUUUCUGUGCUUGAACAGCUCAAUCAUUUCUUUUAUGGGACUGUCCCUGGUCUGUCCCUCAGGUGGCUCAUUAGCAGCUAAUCAUCCUUGUGCAUGGAGGUAGCAGGCUCCUGGCUACGUCUCCUCCAGCAGCCAUCCUCCACCCCCACCUCCCUCUGCCCCUGUGCUGAGUUGUGGGGUGGCAACAACAACGCAGGAUGGGCCAUCCCUAUCUAGGGAGGAAACUGGGAGAUAGUGUCCAGGGCACCCAGUACUGGGCUCAUGACAGUCUCCCUCUUGUCUCCAGUCCGUUGCACCUCACCCUAGCCCUAUCAUCACCUUCACCCGAAAGCCAUAAUAUCUUUUAAGAGGACUGUGGUCUGGAAUAGCAAAAAGGUACAUGGGAUUUAUGAAACCACUGGUAGAUUCUUGUAGAUACUCAUACAAAGCACAGAUGAGUGUGGAACAGUGAGGGAUCACAUGAAUGUACAGGCACAGGGUCCUACACACUCGGCCACAGGUUGCAGGGUUUCUAAAAGUGCUCAGUCAUCGUGAUUCCUCUUAUUUUCCUUACAAUGGAAGCACUUCCUCUCUUGUGUAAAGCUAAACUCCCAUCUGAGUUCCAGACUCAGUUUUCUUUCUGUCUCUUCAGAUAGCCGUGUCCAUCACUGUCCCCUUUUGUGUAUCUUCUCAUUUGUGUAUCUCACCCCCUCCCUCUCCACUAGCUCUGGGGGUUAGCAAAUAACCAUGCUCUAUCCUUUCCCAUAUUCAAAGAAAUGGCAAAUACCCUCCCUCAACCCUUCUCCCUCCUUCCAGCAACUGCCCUCUUUUCUAUUCCCUAUUCAGGGCCAAACUUCUUAGACACGACUCCAUUGUCUACGGACCUCACACUGAGUCCUCAACCAUUGUGAUUUGACCUUGCGUCUCCAUGCUACUGACAUCUCUCAUGUUAUCUACCUCUGGCUAAGCUCACUGAAGUCUCAAUCUUGCUUGAACUCUCGGUAGCCUUCAGACUACGGUCGACCACUCACCACCUCUCAGCACAUUAGGGCCACACGCUCCUACCAUGCUGGCUGCUGCAUUUCUACAAAAAUCCCAUAAAUAUUUUUGGUCCACAAGGCUCUCUGUUUUUCUCACCACCUGGGCAGUCUCACCUGCUUCUGCAGAUUGUAUUAACAUGCACAUGUUCAUGACUCCCACUCCCUAUCUUUGGUUCAGAUCUGUCUCUUAAGCUCCAGGCAUGAACAGCUUGGAUGCCUAUCUAUUAGACAGCUGAGCCUGGAUAUUUUACAAACACCUCAAACUCAACAUGUCCCAAAUGGAACAGCUUUUUUUUCCUCACCAAACCUGCUCCUCCACCAGAGUUCCCUACCAAAUAAUAGGCAACGUUGCCUACGCCAGAACUUGGGCGCCAUCUUAAACACAUUUCUGUCAAUUCUCAAGUCCUGUAAAUCUCAAAUCUUGUGGAUUCUGUUCCCUAAAGCAUCUGCUUUGAAAAGAAUUAAUUUUGGUUAGAUCAUACAUGACAUAGCACAGAAUUCAACAAGCACACAAGAUAUACAGGGGGAAAAACUUUCCUACCUCUGUCCUAGCCCCUCUGGUGUUCUCUCCAGGGACAUUCAUUAAUAAAAGUUUAACAAUCCUUCCAAAAAUACUCUGUAUAUAUCCAAGCAUAUGUAUGUAUAUAUUCCCCUUAAAAAAGCAUGUAAUUGUACAGCUUGUUAGAAACAGUUUUUGCUUUUUUCACUUAAUACAUUUUGAAGACUGUUCCAUACCAAUAUAAAAUCUUCCAUUUGUCUCUGCCUCUCUGAACCCUACUGAGUUCCAGGAGUAGUUUCUUAACUGCUUUCUUUGCCUGCAGUCUUGGUCUUCAAUCCAUCAUCCACACUAUGGCCAGAAGGGUCUUUGUAAGACACAAGUCCUGCCCCCAAGUGUGGUCUUCUGGAAGCCCUCCCUAAGCUGACCCCAGGCAACCCUCCAGCCUCCUCUUCUCUCAGGCUCUAUUUCACCAAGCUGGAUUUCUCUUAGUUCCUGGAUAGUGCUGGGUUCUUCUUCUUCUUGGCCUCACAAUUUCUGGACCUUUCUACCUCCCUGUGCCCAUUCUCCCUUCCAUCUUUCUGACUUCUAGUCAUCUUGUUGGUCUCAGCCUCAUGAUUGUACAUUGGUUGUGUGUGCAUGUGCGGGGGUGCUGACCAGUAGGCUAGGUUUGAGUCCACCUGCUCUAUGUUUCCAGGCUACCUACAUUUUCUUUUUUAUCACACAUCCUGCACCUUGUCAAACUUAUUUGUUUCAAUGUCUGUCGUCUUUAGUAGACUGUAAGCUCCACAAAGACAGAGAUGGUGCUUACUUAUUCAUCACUGUGUUCCCAGUGUCUGGCAUAAUUCCUGGUUCAAUGUAGUGUGCAAUAAAUAUUCAUUAACUAGAUCUAUGAAUGAUUGACUGGUUUUUAUUCUAAGCUCUCUCACUGGCCAUACUUGAGU